GCGGUAUCGUUGUAAAGAACAAAAGAACAGAGUGCACGUUGUCGUUUAUCUCACACUGUUUUGCACAUAUCUAAAAGAAUAUUAUUAUGAUUGAAGUUACGAAUGAAAAUUUUAGCACGAUAUAUCCGCAUUUGGAACGUGCAUUGAAAGAUGCGAGUUUCAUAGGGAUUGAUACGGAAUUGACAGGUAUAAAUGUCGAGGAUGUGAAAAAUAGUUUGUUUGACUCCAUAGAGGAGCGUUAUAAGAACCAGAGAUGCAAUAUUCAGUCGUACACAAUAAUUCAAUUUGGUAUUACUGCAUUCCAACGAGUCCAGAAUGAAAAUCAGUACACAGCGGAGGCCUUCAAUUUCUUUCUGCUGCCUAAGUCUCUUCCUAUUCUGUCAAAGAGUAGACAGAUUGUUUGGCAUAUUGCUGCAUUAGAGUUCCUGACUACGUAUGACUUUGAUUUCAACAAACUUGCUUAUAAAGGCAUUUCGUAUCUCAAUGAGGCUGACGAAGCAAUCUUGCAGAAACAAUUACAGGAGAAUGUAUUAUUUCGCAAUGUGGAGAGAUCUAUAUCUUUCCAAGAGGAAGAUACUCUCAAAGAUUAUAUCAAUCAAGUAUCCGAAUGGUUGAAUACAGCAGGUGACGAAGAAAGUUCUUUUAAAAUUGACACUCCUACUCCACUUUUUCAAUAUCUUAUGCACAAGGAGUUAAGAAAUUGUUUCCCAAAUGUUUGGACCUUCUCAGGAAAUAAUAUGGUUACAGUUAUGAAGAUCCCACCAGAUUCGAGAAAAGUUUUGGAACAAGAAGAAGGUUUUAUACUAGAAAAUGUAUUACUCGAAUCAUACAUAGGUUUUUCAAAGGUGUUUAAACUUCUGGUUUCUUUGAAAAAACCUAUAAUAGUGCAUAAUGCUAUGUUAGAUUUAAUGUUUAUACAUCAACAGUUUUAUAAGCCAUUACCACAAAAAUACACUGAUUUCAAGCAUAAUAUACAUCAGCUAUUUCCAACAGUUUAUGAUACAAAACAUUUAAGUUUUGUGAGAGAGAUUCUUCCAACAGAACAAAAAUGGAAACAUAAUUCUCUAAGCGGCUUAGUUGAAUAUUUUACAGAGAAACAUUUAACACUUGGAUCACCUAAAAUUAAUCUCCUUUGUAAAAUAAAUUCAGACAAAUCGGAUGUUAUUGUACCUUUAACGAAAUACCAUACUGCAGGAUGGGAUUCUUACUUUGCUGGUUAUGUAUUUAUUAAAAUGGCUCAUAUAUUUACCACAAAACAUUAUGAACAAGGCUUAACAUUGAAGCAUUUUACACAUACAGAACUAAUGAACAAUAUAAAAUGUUUCGCAAAUGGUAUAAACAUUAUCCGUGGCAGUACAAAUUAUUUGAGACUUGACGGACCCGAACCUGUAUCGACUCGACCGAAAUGGCUUUAUGUGAAAAUGUUAGCGUCAAAGCCGAUAUCUGCUUUGCAGGUAGCAGAAAAAAUGUCGACAUUCGGUGCGGUUGACGUGAAGCAAUAUACAUCGAAGCGAGUGUUAGUUGCAGUAGCAAAUCACGGAAGCGCACGAGACAUAUUACAGCACUUCAAAAAAAACAAGGAACUUUACGUCGUCCCUUAUAAUCCGAUACGGCACUCACCUUCGAUCCAAUUCGUAUUUUGGGGCAGCAUAGUCGUUUCUAGCGGGAUCCUCGCUUUGAUGCUGCAUCAGAAGUUUCAGAGAGGCUCUUAGAUAAUUUGUUAAUAUUUUUAAGAAAAUGUUUAGGACGAAGAUAUAUAUUCCAAAAAUUUAGAAAUAUAUAUUAUUUGCAAUAAGUUUAAACAAAUGACUUAAAGUAUAUUUUUUAUCCUUAAAUUACGACCCUCAUUGAAAGCUCGAUACCAAGUUGGCGAACGGAUUUAUCGGAUCUGUCAUUAAAAUUUGCGGCUCCGAAACACUCGAUUUAUAUAAAUUACCAUUUUCGAUGGACAACAAAGUUAUGUAAAAAAUGUUUUUUAUAAAUAUAACAAAAUGGAAGAUAAAAUACUUUGAACUUCCUAGCAUGA